AUGGAUCAACAGCGAUUUCUGCAGCAGCUGCAGAUUGUUCUGAACCCUGGUCAGGGUAACGUCAAGGAGGCCACUGGCGUCCUGCAACGAGAGUUCUACAACAAACCAGAGGCCUUUCUUUUCCUCAUCCAGAUCGCAACUUCCCAUGACAGUGCCGAUCUGAGACAGCUGGCCGCCGUGGAGGCGCGGUCCCUGGUGGGAAAACACUGGGUGAAACUCCCUGCCGAGCAGAAGCCUCAGAUCCGCGAACAAUUGCUGCGGGCGACCUUGGGCGACAACACGGACCUGGUGCGCCAUGCUGUCGCCCGUCUGAUCUCCUCGAUUGCGAAGGUCGACCUCCCCGAUGGCGAGUGGGCGGAUCUGCCCAACUUCCUGCUGCAGGCUGCGUCGAGUGGAAACAAGGAUGAGCGGGCCAUUGGCAUCUACAUCUUGUUUGCUAUCCUGGAGACCCUGGGCGAGGGCUUUGAGGAGAGGUUCAAGGACCUCUUCAACCUGUUCAGCAAGACCAUCCGCGAUCCUGAGAGUGCUGAGGUCCGCAUCAACACCCUGCUGGCUCUCAGCAAGCUCGCCAUGCACCUCGAUGCUGAGGAGGACCCCGCUCCUGUCAAGGCGUUCCAGGAGGUCUUCCCCGCCAUGGUUGCCGUCCUCAAGGAUGCCAUCGACGAGGGUGACGAGGACCGCGUCAUGCAGGCCUUUGAGGUGUUCCAGACCCUCCUGGGCUGCGACCCGCAGCUCAUGAACCCUCACCUCAAGGAUCUCGUGACCUUCAUGAAUGAGAUUGCUGCCAACACGAACUUGGCGGAGGAUACCCGCACGCAGGCGCUUAGCUUCCUGAUGCAGUGUGUCAGGUACCGCAAGCUCAAGGUGCAGGGCAUGCGCAUUGCGGACCAGCUCACCCGCACGGCUCUCCACAUUGUCACGGAGCUGAACGAUGCCGACGACGAAGAUGAGAUUACACCGGCGCGCUCUGCUCUCGGUCUCCUCGACUUGCUCUCUCAAAGCUUGCCUCCCAGCCAGGUUGUGGUGCCUCUGCUCCAGUCUCUGGGCCAGUACUUCAACAGCGAGAAUGCCAAUUACCGUCGCGCUGGUAUCCUGGCCCUGGGAAUGAGUGUCGAGGGUGCGCCCGACUUCAUCAGCACCCAGUUCAAGGAGAUCAUCCCAAUGGUCCUGCAUCUCCUUAACGACCAGGAACCCAAGGUCCGUCAAGCGGCCCUGCAUAGCGUUGCUCGCCUGGCCGAUGAUCUCGCAGAGGACGUGAGCAGGGAGCACGAGAAGCUCAUGCCCCUGCUGGUCCAGAACCUGGCCAGCGCCAUGCAGAACUACAAGGGCGAGGAAACUGGCCCUACCAUUGACAUCAUGAAGGCUGCUGUCAGCGCGAUUGACACCGUCGUGGAUGGCCUCGACGAGAAGGACGUCGUGCCGUACCAGGACGAGCUGGUCCCUAUCCUGCACAAGCUGUUCGAGCACCCCGACUACAAGAUCAAGGCCUUGACCGCCAGUGCGAUCGGCUCUCUCGCGUCGUCGGCUGGUGAGGCUUUCCUGCCGUACUUUGAGAAGUCGAUGCACCUCAUGCAAGAAUUUGCCACGAAGAAGGAGAGUGAGGAGGAGUUGGAUCUGCGUGCCAGCGUCAUCGACGCGAUGGGUGAGAUGUCUGCCUCUGCCGGACCCCAGCACUACCAGCCCUAUGUUGAGCCUCUCAUGCGAGCCAGUGAAGAGGCCCUCCACCUGGACCACUCCCGACUUAAGGAGAGCACUUACAUCCUCUGGGGUGCUAUUUCCAAGGUCUACGGCGAGGACUUCAAGCCAUUCCUGGAGGGUGUCGUCAAGGGUCUCACGGCCUGUAUUGAACAGGAAGAAGCAGACCUCGAGGUUGAGCUGGGCAAUUCUGCCAAGGACCUGGUUGGCCAGGAAGUCAGCAUUGCUGGGCAGAAAGUCAAGGUCGCUGAGCCUGAUGACGAUGAGGAUGGCAUCGAAGAUAUCGACCUUGACGAGGAAGAUGACUGGGAGGACUUCACUACGGUGACUCCUCUGGCCCAGGAGAAGGAGAUUGCCGUGGAGGUGAUUGGAGACCUGAUCAGCCACACCAAGAGCGCUUAUCUCCCUUACUUUGAGAAGACCAUCGAGCUGAUUUUGCCGUUGGCGGAGCACCCGUACGAGGGCGUCCGCAAGAGCACUAUCAGCACGCUGCACCGCGCGUACGCUACUCUGUUUGCGCUUGCUGAGGAGACCGGCCAGAUGGAGAAGUGGAAGCCUGGCCUGCCUCUGCAGGUGCAGCCUGCCAACGAGGUGAAGAAGUUUGGCGAGAUUCUGAUGACGACUACCCUUAAGAUGUGGACCGAUGAAUCAGACAGGGCUACUGUCGCUGACCUCUGCGGCAACCUGGCUGAGAACCUGAGAUACACUGGCCCUGCCCUGAUUGCCAGCGAGAAUGUGCUGCAGAGUGUCAUUCAGCAGGUUACCAGCAUCAUCAACAAGAAGCAUCCCUGCCAGCAGGACUUUGGCGACGAGGAGGAUGCUCAAGAGGCCUUGGAAGAGACCUCGGAGUUCGAUUGGAUCGUCAUCGACCGGGCGCUCGACGUGGUCUCUGGUCUGGCCGCCGCGCUGGGCGAGAGCUUUUCUGAGUUGUGGAAGAUCUUUGAGAAGACCAUCCUGCGGUUUGCUGGCAGCAGCGAGAACAUUGAGCGCGCCACGGCGGUUGGUGUGCUAGCCGAGUGCAUCACUGGCAUGAAGGGCGCUGUGACUCCGCAUACGUCUACUUUCCUGCGGCUGCUGAUCCACCGUCUCAGCGACGAGGAUCCGCAGACCAAGUCCAACGCCGCCUACGCGAUCGGUCGGCUGGUGGAGUUCACCAACGCGGAUGCUGAGAUCGUGAAGGAAUACCCCACGAUCCUGAGCAAGCUGGAGCCAUGCCUGCAGCAGGAGGUGUCUCGACUCCCGGACAACACCACGGGUUGCCUGAGCCGGAUGAUCCUCAAGCACCGUGACAACGUUCCGGUGGGCGAUGUUCUGCCGGCGAUCGUUGGCAUUCUGCCUCUGAAGAACGACUAUGAGGAGAACGAGCCUCUGUACCGGAUGAUCUGCCAGCUGUACAAAUGGGAAGACGCCACCGUCCGCCAGCUGACGCCCAACCUUCUGCCCGUCUUCCAGGCCGUGCUGACCGGGGACGAGGACCAGCUGGAAGACGAGCGCCGCAAGGAGCUGAUCGAGCUGGUGCAGUGGCUGAACAAGGUGCAGCCGGGUGCAGCUCCCUGGGCCGAGCAGUUGUCGUAG